AUGUUCAACUGUCUGGUCACAAAGCUGGCUGCCGUUCAGACCAAGCCGUUGAUGGCGAAGAAACCCGAGCCACUGGGUCUCGGGAAGCUGAGGAAACCUGGGUCUCCUUUGAAGCCGGGUCCGGCCGUGUUCAAGACAUCUGCACUGCUGUCAUCCAUCAAGCCAGUGAGGAGCAAAGCGAUCCCGUCGUCCCCCGCGGGCUUCACUACCAAGCAGCUCAAGACCAGCGUGCCUGUGCUUUCGAAAGUACCCGUGAGCAGGGUUCUCCUGGGUAAGCGACCCGCGGCUGGAACCGUCAAGCGGUUGCUGAAACCGAGUGGGAAGAAAACUGCUGCUCCUGAGCACAAUAAUGGCGAUGAAUCUUCUGAAGUCAAUGCGCCACAAGCAGCGAGCAAAACGUCGAGCGGCAAGCUAACGUCUGCAGCAGAGGAGCCACUACCAGCAGCAGCAGAAUCAUCAUUAGCAGGGUGCAAAAGUGCGGAAAAAAUUGCGCAUCUCCAGCCGGAACCCGUCGUUUCCCGGGAAACCCCUAAUGAAACACUUGCACUCGUUCCGCCGGCGUCUCAGACAAAUGACGGCGCUGCAGGCGACAGUUGCACUAAUGCCUCAUCGGGACGAGCAGCAGACGAAAUGCGGACCCAGGCUGAGCCACCUGGCGGUGACAUCAAUAACAACGCGGAUCCCAGGCAACCCGACCCUGGCCGGGAACCCGAUCCGUUUGACGCCGUCGGGCCUCAGUGUCAGUUGGAUCCGUCGGUCAGACUGGCUCACGUUGCAGAGGACCGGGUUUUGAAAGACGUUGAAAUACAGACUGAGUGUGCUGCGUGUUGCAGAGCCGUUGUGCCGGAAAGGCAAAGCAGCUUUUUGCAGGAGUCUUUGGUGCAAUAUGUGGAUCAGAUCAUUCAAGCUGAUUUCAAUGCCCUCGGUCAAGAUUCCCUGGAUACAUCCAUCAGUCAAUCUGUUCGCCAUUCAUCCAUACGGGAUAAUCACCAGGAAGAUUCUUCUUCUUCGCCGAGACGUGCUGCGGAUGCUCCAGUGAUUCAGGAAGAGUCCAUGAAUGCCAAUUUAAACGUCUCAAACACGGCAUCGUCUCACGACGGAGCGACUGCAGUUAGUUCCCAGGAUAUUCACAAUCCCGACGAACCUUCUGCGGAUUCCGAGGAUUAUGCCGGAGCAUCGCAUGAUCACAUGGCAUUUGCUGCUCCUGGAGGAAGGCCUCAGGGAUCCGGCGAAUCUGAUGAAGGGAUCGAAGAACUAGGUCCGAGCUCUACGUCCAUAUCGACCCUCUUGAAGCUUUUCAUCAAAUGCCCGGCUCAGAUUCAAGGGAAUUCGUCGAAUCAAAACAACACCAGCGAAUCCUGUCCUUGUUCCAAUCGUGACCAAAGAAAAGACGUUUCCGCGUUUGACCAGCUCGUCGGAAACCUUCCAGACGUUUCCCCUGACCAAAUCCCCAUGACUCUCAUCUCCAGCAACAGCCCGAACACAAUCCCAUUCUACAUGCUCCUGACUGAGCUCAAAACCAAACUGGCUUCCAUAUGCCUUCAACGAGACAUCGAAAGAAGCUUCUACGAAGAGAAGAUCGAAGAGAUGCAACAAGAACAUGCUCAGAUUCUCUGCAAUGUGGAGGAACAGAACGCUGGCCAUUUGGAGCAGGCUUUGAUACAGCUUCUCAACGCGAGACGUAACAAACGGCGUCUCAAGUGCGACAUUGCAAAAAAGCUGCGGAAUUUGGCCAAGGAAGUUCGUUCCGCCGCGAAAACUGUGUCGAGUGAAGAGGCCACUAAGGAAGCCAAGCUCUCAGUCAUUCGCCAAGUUCUCCGGAUCAUCAAGAUGGAUCGGAAUCCGGAAGAAAACUUUGAGGAAGAGGAAAUACUCAAGCAGUUCUACAUUGACCAGACCGCGUGUGGGAUCAGUGAGAUUGUUCACCGACCGGAUCUCAUGAAUGCCCUGGCGGAGACCAUUCGGCAAGAUGCAGUUGACGCUGCGACGCUUCGCAACGUUUGCGAGGAACUUGAUGAGCAAUUCGACGCGUCCACAAAUUCAUUUGAAACCCCACCGGGUGGCACUAUCAAUGGAGAACCCACGCAAGUACCUGCUAGACACGUGGAUGCUUUAGCGAACGCGCAAACUGAUGGUGGGAAGCUGAGAGAAGUACUGCGGAGGCGCACUGAGGAAAGAGCAGCACUGAACAGAGAAAUCCAGUCGUUGCGAGACUCAAAGAAGGCCGCCUUAGCAAAGAUAGACAAGCUGAUUGCAGAAAAGAUGGACUUAGAAGCGUGCUUAUCUCGGGAAAGGACUGCGAAUUGCAGGGACAUUAGUCAACCAGUUAGGUUUGACGACAAGGACAUGAUUGACGAUGCAGGAGCUGGGGAUUCUGCAUGGCCUUGA